CAAAAUCGCAAUACGUUUAUCAUCACUUCCUCCAUCACCAUUCUCCUUCUGACCUUCUUCUCCUUCUUAUUAUCUGAAACAAACAUGACGAACAUGAUAUCUCAAGCGACGCUGAUCAUCGUCUUUAUUGUCGCCACAACCUCGUUGACAUCACCCAGCCAUUGCAGCAGAAUCAGGAUGGUCCACUCCGAAAACGAAAGCCUGAUCGAAUCCACCUGCAAGCAAACCCCUAACUACGAUCUCUGCGUUCAAUCCCUGAAAUCCGAUCCCUCCAGCUCCGAAGCCGAUGUUGCAGGGCUUGGUCUGAUAAUGGUGAAAGUCAUAACGGCGAAAGCGAAGGCUACGAAGAACAAAAUCAACAAUCUCCUGCAAGGAAAGGAUUUAGAUCGGAAGCAGAAGGGGGCAUUGAAAUCUUGUCGCGAGAUGUAUGAGAUGGUGCUGGAGACGGACGUUCCGGAAGCCACUGAAGCUCUGCGAGAAGGGAAUCCUAAAUUUGCAGAAGAUGGCGUUAAGGAUAUCGGAAACGAAGCUACUUAUUGCGAAGGAGAGUUCAACGGCACCAAAUCGCUGCUUAAACCAGAAAAUGAGGCCGUGCGUGAACUCGCUUGGGUUGCUGUGGCCAUUGUUAGGCAAUUACUGUAAGGAUUACUAUGAUGUACAUGUUUAAUUAUUGUUAAGUGUUCUAUGUUUAUUUGAUCUUUCCUGCUGUAUUAUUAAUUAUUUGAAACUACAAU